AACGGCAUUGAUUAUCGAGAAAACGUAAAAACCCGCCGACGUUAACAGAGAGAAAAAAUGGCCGCCGCAGCACCACCACCACCGCCAACCACCGCCGCAGAACCAAACAUGGACCUUCCGAUCAACCACCCACUCUUCACCAGGAUCCGCCUCGCCACCAAAGCCGACGUCCCAGUCAUUCACAAAAUGAUUUACCAAAUGGCAGUAUUCGAACGCCUCGCCGAUCAGUGCUCCGCCACCGAACCCUCCCUCUCCGCUACCCUCUUCUCCAAAGACAACCCCUUUGAAUCCUUCACCGUUUUCCUCAUCGAAGUCUCCACAACACCAUUUCCUUCCUCCUCCAUCGCUCACCACUCCAAAUUCACUCCGAUCCACAAAACCUUAAAUCUCGAUUAUCCAAUCUCCGAUCCGGAACUGGAAGUCUUCAAGUCAUCGACCACGGAAGCAGGGGUGGUGGUAGCUGGAUUCGUUCUGUUUUUCCCUAAUUACUCGACGUUUUUAGCGAAACCAGGGUUUUACAUAGAGGAUCUGUUCGUGAGGGAGAGUUAUCGUAGAAAGGGAUUGGGGAAGAUGCUGUUAUCGGCGGUGGCGAGACAGGCGGUGGCGAUGGGGUACGGGAGGGUGGAGUGGGUUGUGCUGGAUUGGAAUACGAAUGCCAUAAAGUUCUACGAAGAAAUGGGAGCGAAUGUUAUGCAGGAAUGGAGGGUUUGUAGGCUCACAGGUGAUGCUCUUCAAGCUUAUGCAACUACUUCUGGUACCAAAGAUCUUGAUUUGAUCUGAUGCUGUCAAUUUUUAGGGUUUUCUGGAUGUUUGGAGAGAGGGGGAGAUUAGGGUUUGUAGUGGAUGAUGAAGAAGGAUAGGAUAAUGUGAAUUGUCGUAUUUGCCCCCUUCCUCCCAAUGCUUUUAAUUUGGUAAUGGAGAUAUGUGGUGGUUGUUCUUU